AUGUGUCCACAGAUCCUUGGAUGUGUGCUGAUCUACGGGUUACUUAAAUCCAGCGCCCAGCUGUCGGCGUUUGAAUCCUCGGGCUUGGGUAGGGUUUGGGUGUUCGCCAUUGGCGUGAUUGGUGUCUCCUGGCUGGGAAUCUAUGCUGCAUGGUCAGAGAAAACCCUCUUCCUCAAAAUAUUCGCAGGCUUCAUGGGUUUUGGAAUGGUUAUCAUGCUGAUCUUUGGCAUUGUUGUCGUGGUCGAAAAGAAACAGACAAAGAACAGCAUUGACAGCGCUGACCUUGAAAGUGAGAAACUGAGGACAGAGCUUAAUAAGCUACAAGAAGUUGCCCAGUGCUGUGGAAUAUCCGGCGCCUCAGACUGGGGUGAUAACAUCCCUCAAUCCUGCGAGUGCAACAAACAGUAUGGAUAUAGUUUUCCAUCAUCUUCAUGCGUUGACAAACCUCAGGGAACAACGGGUCCAAACAAAAUCUGGGGACAGGGCUGCAAAGACUUCAUCUUUUCCUCUAUCAACCUGUUGUUCAAAAUCGCCAUGGGGCUCUGCUUUGGAUUUGCAGUCACUGCACUGCUGGGCCUUCUGAUCACCUUGCUGAUGAUCCAUCAGGUUAACCAGCCAGACGGCAUGGGAGGAACAAUCAUCGCCAUGAGGGACUACUGAAGCCCCCUGCCCGACCUAAACCUCUGCAUUGUAAAUGGAGGACUCUGUCAUCAGGAUAUGACAUCUUCUUCUACACUUCUUUUUUAACAAUGUUUUUGCCCUUUAAGAGCAUGACAAGGAGAGGAGGAGGCAGGACGACGAUGAGGCAUUCAAUGUGGAAGGUUUAUUUUUAUGAAUGUUGUAUGUAACAGAGACAUAUUUUAGGAAAAAAAGCUGCAGCUCUUUUAACCAGAGGAGGUCAUUAGAAAUUAGAUAUUCACCAUGUGCCCUUAUGCAGAAUAAAAAAACAAAAAGAUGUCUUUAUAUUUUUGCAUAACUGAAUUAAUGAGGCAAUCUCAUGACCAGUGCUAAGCUUAGCUUUAAUAGAGUCUGGUUACACUUGUGCCACAGUGACUUCUGUAAUCUGAUUGCAGUUGGAUCUAAAAACACUGUAAUAUAUACUAUAAUAUAUCCAUGGCACCCCCUGGUGUCCAACUUAAGAUGCUCUUCAUAACCUUUUGAUAGAAGAUAGAAAGUACCCAUAGCCAUGUGACAAGGACUUAUAUUUCUCGCCAAGAAAUAGGAACUGGCCUGGAACGUAGCAUGUACUGUGAAAUAAUGAUGAAAAAGCUAAGCUAACAGAGCUUUCCCAGCUAUUCAAAUGCUCAUUUUUAUCUUAACAUGCCUUUAACUCUUCAUUAAAUAUAUGAAUAUGCAGUGCAUUCAGGAAAGUUUUCAGACCCCCCUUCAAUUGUGCAAUUUUGUUGUUUUCAGCCUGAUGCUACAGUGGAAAAUUUCAUUUCUAUUCUCAUUAAUCUACAAUCAAUACCCCAUCAGGACAAACAAUAACAGAAUUUUGGAAAUUUUUGCAAAUGAAUUGAAAAUAAACUGAAAUAUUACUUUUGCAUACAUAUGUAUUUGGUCUUUUUGCAGUAUGACAUUUUUGCAAAAAGUGAAAGGGGUCUGAAUACUUUCUGAAAGCACUGUAUUUCAAACUGCCAUGUUGAUCUGCAUGCACUUAAACAAACUGCGCUAUAUUUCAUAUCAAUCUGAUUAGUAUGUAGUGUAUAAGUGUAUUUUACCAGAAUACAACAGCGUGGUACUGUUAGAUCAGUGCGUUCCUUUAAUCAUCACUGGACAUCAACAUCAGCAAAUCAACAUCAAAUAUUUCAGGUGGUGGACAUUUGCAAAGAUGGAUGUGAUCGAGAUUCUGAUAGGAAUGAAUGGACUUCCAGUUGACUUAUGUAUGUAACCAUGGAAACGGUGGAAACAAAGGGUUAAUGUCCUUAAAACAAAUGAAAAAUGAUGUGACAUGGAGACCCCCGUUUAUAGCCAUGAAUCUGCUAUUUAAUGCAAAAGAUGCACAAGAAAUCUUUGGAUAUUUUCAGCCUUAAUCGUUGCCUUCCGGGGUUAAAAGGUCGAGUCAGAGGACCAUGUUAGCUGUCUUUGUAUGUAGAAAUCAUAAUGCCAUUGUGUGUCCUUGUAAAGCACUUGAGUAAUGUGAAAAGUCUUUGCAUUUCUGUUGUACAUUCAGAGACAGUUUCCAUGACGUAGACAAAGGGAACAACUGAAGGUUAAAAAAGCUUCAACUAUUCAAUAAAAAUAUUGCAAGUUGCAGGAGUCGUCUUGCAGUUUGCUUUAACUCCCAGCUUGAAAAGUCAUGCAGCUUGAGCCUCAUCUUUUCUCAGCGUAGGACCACUAACCAGGCUGCUGUAUCUGAUCAUAACUUUAAAAGCCAUAAGGGAAAAAGUAAAAGACAGGAACUGUUGAGUUAUAAAAUCUGUUCUUGUAUCAUUUCAGAAUAAAGUGAA